CCGCCAUCUUGAUACUCUCAAAACAAUCAUGCCCACCUGUACAAGCAGUUUGGUGGCUGUGAGAAAACAUUCCACAGGCGUUCCUUUCUUCUAAUCUUCGAGGACAUCCACACACCUACAUCCUUACACGACUUCCCUAAAUUCUGUCAUGGUCGAACUACAGCCAAAGCCUCCGCAAGAACUUGCGGGAUGUUUUAGGAAGUCGGUACGGACUCCCGUGCUGGGGUGGACCCGGUGGUCCGGCGUCCAUGCUGCCAUGGCAGCCCGAGGCCUGCUCCCCAUACAUCCCCUCUCGGGCUCUGUUGAUCCUAUUGUCUCUCUGCGUCACCACACGUCGCCCCGGCAAAUAAAGGCUGUCUGGCUCCAAGCUUAAACAUCGCAGCGAACUCAAAACCAACCAUCAGAGCCGAUUCAUUCACAUCUGCUCAGUGGGGCGACAAGGACAGGGCUUUAGGUGGGAAAGAGGGCAGAAAAAAGUUCAUUUUUCCCUGUCGGGUGCCAAGAGAACGGGACAGGACUCAACUUCGAGGGAGCCGCAGCUGUGUGCUACGGACCGAUCAUGGGUGACUGGAGCUUUCUGGGAAAUAUUUUAGAGGAAGUCAACGAGCACUCCACGGUGAUCGGCAGGGUGUGGCUCACGGUUCUCUUCAUCUUCCGCAUCCUCAUCCUGGGCACGGCGGCGGAAUUUGUGUGGGGCGAUGAGCAGUCCGACUACGUGUGCAACACGCAGCAGCCCGGUUGCGAGAACGUAUGCUACGAUGAGGCCUUCCCCAUCUCCCACAUCCGCCUGUGGGUCCUGCAGAUCAUCUUCGUGUCCACCCCGUCUCUGGUGUACGUAGGCCACGCCGUGCACCACGUGCACAUGGAGGAGAAGCGUAAGGAGCGCGAGGAGGCAGAACUUAGCCGGCAGCAGGAGCUGAACGAGGAGCGACUCCCGCUGGCACCCGACCAAGGGAGCGUCCGCACCACGAAGGAGACCAGCACCAAAGGAAGCAAGAAGUUCCGACUAGAGGGCACCUUGCUAAGGACCUACAUCUGCCAUAUCAUUUUCAAGACACUCUUUGAGGUGGGCUUCGUGGUGGGCCAAUACUUCCUGUACGGCUUCCGCAUCCUGCCUCUGUACAAAUGCAGCCGCUGGCCCUGCCCCAACACCGUGGACUGCUUUGUGUCUCGCCCCACAGAGAAAACGGUCUUCAUCAUCUUCAUGUUGGCCGUGGCUUGCGUCUCACUCUUCCUCAACUUUGUGGAGAUCAGCCACCUGGGCCUCAAGAAGAUCCGCGUUGUUUUUCGCAAGCCGGCCCCCGCCCCGGCUCAGGGCGAAGGCUCGGCCGCCUUGCCGCCGGGGAAGAGCCUGCCUCCCUUGGCAGUGUCCUCUUUGCAGAGGGCCAAAGGUUACAGGCGUCUGGAUGAGGAGAAAGUUCCCCCUAUAACGCAACUGUACCCGCUGUCGGAAGUUGGCAUGGAAGCCGGCAGGGGGGCCCCACCCUUCCACGGGCUCGAGGAGAAGGCCGAGGAGGAGCUGCCUAUGGGGGACAUCCCCAAACCGUACGACGAGACUCUGCCCUCCUACGCCCAGACCACUGAGACCGCAGGGGUGACGCUACAGCAGGCGGAAACGGCCAAUGAGACGCCGCCGGUGGGGGUGGAGGGUGGGGAGUGGCAGGGGGCCAAUGUUGAGGCGGAGGGGGCGGUCACCGCGGAGGGAGGAACCGCGGCGGCCCAGGCCGAGAGGAAGGCGUCGGAUACGAUAGAGGACAGCAGACCUCUGAGCCGACUGAGCCAAGCGAGCAGCAAGGCCCGGUCGGACGACCUCACUGUAUGAACAUGUGAGAGUGAGCCGAUGCACGUACCACUGCGCAACAUCACACACACACACACACACACACUGCCAAAACAUCUAUAUUUAUGGCCAAAAUCAUACCAAAUUCAUCACCAACAACACACCGCCCCGAAUGGACAUUUAGUCAGUGAUUAAAAAUGCCAAGGCUCAAUAUUGCCUGCCUGAAUUUUACCAUUAGGAUUUUCCACCGCAAAAUUGUGGAGCUGAAUUUAAAUCAUGCUCUCAUACAGUAUCAAAAAUGUUAGCAAUAAUGAGAAGAAAUCCCUAUUUGGUGCAUGCUCCACCCUUCCAAAAUUCAAUAUCUUAUCAAUAUAUUAUAUAUAUAUAUAUUAUAUCAAUAUUUGUGUUUGUGUCAAAUAUGAAACAAAAAGUGUGUUCUCUGUAUUCGAAAAUUGCAGGGCAGACACGUUUUUACUUGAUAUAGGAAAAAAAAAAAUGAUACUGUAUGUUCCAUUUUGAAGUAAGACCUUUUUUUUAACCAAAGGUUUUGAUCACACGAUGGAAGGUUUGGACAUUUUUACAAGCCGAAGAGCGUUUCAGUAUACUUGUGCGUCUGCCGAUCAGUCACUUUCGCUGUCGUUCAAAAAAACGUUGCCAUAACGCGAGCGCACGCCACGCGGACAAGUGCCUACUCUUCCAUUCGCGUACGACGUCACGUAGCUCUUCGUCAUCAGCAAAAGUCACAUUUUCGGCGUCAAAAGGAGAGUGCCUUUUUUUUUUUUUUGCACGUGCAGAGGUUUCGUAGGCGUUGCGAGGUUGUUGUUUUUCCCCAUUAUACCCAUGAAUAAUGCGUCUCUUUA